AUGAAGUACGCCAACUUCUUCCUGGCGGCCCUCGCGGCUCCGCUCCAGGCGGCUUUCACCUGGAAGAAUGUCAAGAUUGGCGGCGGUGGAGGAUUCGUUCCUUCGAUUCAAUUCCAUCCCACAACAAAGGGCGUAGCGUAUGCUAGGACCGACAUUGGUGGGCUGUAUCGCCUCAAUGCCGAUGACUCGUGGACUCCGGUGACCGACGCCAACGGCUUUGCUGAUGAUUCUCACUGGAACCGGUGGGGUGUCGAUGCUCUUGCGCUGGAUCCCCAGGACCCGAACAAGGUCUUCAUCGCCGUCGGCAUGUAUACCAACAGCUGGGACCCAAAUAAUGGACAGAUUGCCCGUAGCUCCGACAAGGGCGCGACCUGGUCCUUCACUGACCUGCCUUUCAAGGUCGGAGGCAACAUGCCUGGAAGAGGAAAUGGCGAGCGUCUUGCAGUAGACCCUAAGAACUCUAACAUCAUCUACUUUGGGGCCCGAAGUGGUAAUGGACUUUACAAGAGUACCAACGGAGGCACAAGCUUCUCCAAGGUCUCUUCCUUCACCGCAGUCGGCACUUUCCGUGCUGGACCUGCGGACAACGAGUACAGCGGCGACAUCCAGGCCGCUCUCAGCGGGGCUACUUCAAGGAUCUUUGUUGGCGUUGCCGAGAACACGACUUCAUCCGUUUAUGUCUCCAACGACGCCGGUUCAACUUGGUCCGCAGUUGCCGGCCAGCCUGGCAGAUACUUCCCUCACAAGGGAAGGAUUCAGCCCACAGAGAAGGCUCUCUACCUCACGUAUUCGGACGGUACUGGUCCUUAUGACGGUACUUCAGGUUCUGUUUGGAGAUACGACCUCACUGCCAACACUUGGAAGGACAUUACUCCUGUCGCGCCAGGCUCCGACCUGUACUUUGGUUUCGGUGGACUGGGUCUUGAUAUGCAAAAGCCCGGUACCCUGGUCGUUGCAACUCUUAACAGCUGGUGGCCGGAUGCGCAACUGUUCAGAUCAACCGAUUCUGGGGCGACAUGGAAGAAGAUCUGGACGUGGGGUACCGACGGCAACCAGAACAUCAGUUAUGCUCAGACCAGCCCCAAGGCUCCUUGGAUCAAAACUAACUUCCUUGACGUUGACACCAAAGAUUUGGGUUGGAUGAUUGAAUCCCUUGAGAUCGAUCCCCUCGACUCAAAUCACUGGCUUUGGGGAACUGGUCUGACCAUUUUCGGUGGUCACGACCUUACCAACUGGGACACAGGCGCCAAGGUCAAUAUCCAGUCUCUCGCAGAUGGAAUCGAGGAGAUGUCCAUACAAGAACUCGCCAGUGCUCCCGGAGGCUCAGAGCUGUUGGUUGCUAACUACGACAACAACGGAUUCACGUUCAAGGCCAAGAGCAACCUUGACACAUCACCCCAGACCACCUGGACUACUCCCAUGUGGGCUAGCUCCGUAGGCGUUGACUACGCUGGUAACAAGGUCGCCAACGUCGUUCGCGUCGGCAACACCGCAGGCACUCAGCAACUAGCUGUCAGUUCAGACGGCGGAGCCACUUGGAACAUUAACUACGCCGCCGGCACGACGCAGUACGGCGGCACAGUCGCGUAUUCUGCCGAUGCCGACACGAUUCUCUGGUCGACCGCAACUCUCGGGGUGCAGAGGAGCCAGAACCAAGGCUCUCUCGCUGUCGUCUCUAGCAUACCAGCCGGCGCCAUCAUCGCCAGUGAUAAGAAGAACAACACCGUCUUCUACGGUGCCUCCGGCUCAAGCUUCUACCGCUCCACUAAUCUCGGCGCAACGUUCGCCACCUCCGGCUCCUUCGGUUCCGCCACCGGAAUCCGCCACGUUGAAGCCCACCCGGCCAAGGCCGGCGACGUCUGGGUCUCGACCGACGUUGGAAUCUUCCACAGCACCGACUACGGCGUCACAUUCACCCAGGUCUCCACCGCCCUCACCAACACGAACAAGAUCGCUCUCGGAAAGGGCUCCGGCCGCAGACUCUAUGGCAGCGCCGACCUCGGCGCCUCCUGGACGGACCUCCAGGGCACUCAGAGCUUUGGCGCAAUCGACAGCGCCAAGCUUGCCGGCUCUGGCAACGAGGAGAACCUUGUCUACGUCGGCACCAACGGACGCGGUGCCUUUUACGCCUCUGGUGCUAUUGCUUCUUCCGGUGGUGGCGCGACCACUGUCGUGCCGACAUCGACUAGCAGGGCUUCGAGCUCCACGGCCGCUGUGACCUCCUCGACUUCCUCUGCUAGGUCUUCCACCUUGACUACUUCGACCACGGUCCGAACUUCGACCAGCUCCGCGCCCGCGGCUACGGCGACGAAUCUGGCUCCGCAGUACGGGCAAUGCGGAGGUCAAGGGUGGACUGGUCCGACGCAGUGCGUGUCGCCGUACACUUGCACCGUCGCGAAUCAAUGGUACUCCCAGUGCCUAUGA